AUGUGCGUCUUUUUUCUCUUUUUCCUCACUUUUUAUCCUUGUUACCACAGAUCCAAGCAACUCACAGUGAUAAUCAUGACAGCGACGUUCGUCCAACUGCGCCAUGUGGUGUACCUGUUGGUACUUCUCCAGUGCUUUCUGUGCGUGGCGAAUGCAAGUGGUGUUUGGCGGGGCUAUCCAACCACGGGGUCAGCCGAAAUGGGAAAGGUGGAUCAGGUGUUAAGAGGAAGGGUGGCCAGGGCACAUGAGCAGAUUGCGGUUAUGAAUGGUUGUCUGUCUGCGUUAAAGGAAGAGAUGAAACUGUGCGAGGAGGGUUCCAGGCGUGCUGCAGCCGUUGCGAAGAAU